AUGGUGCGCAUGAAUGUUCUCGCCGAUGCUCUUAACGCCAUCAACAAUGCUGAGAAGAGAGGAAAGAGACAAGUCCUCAUCAGACCAUCAUCGAAGGUCAUCGUUCGCUUCUUGACCGUUAUGAUGAAACACGGAUACAUUGGAGAAUUCGAAAUUGUUGAUGAUCAUCGCGCUGGUAAAAUCGUUGUUAACCUUACUGGUCGUUUGAACAAAUGCUCUGUCAUUUCUCCACGUCUUGACAUUAGACUUAAGGAUUUGGAGAAAUACACCACCAGCUUGCUUCCAUCUCGUCAGUUCGGAUAUUUGAUCCUUACCACUUCCGGAGGAAUUAUGGACCACGAAGAAGCUAGAAGAAAGCAUUUGGGAGGAAAGCUCCUCGGCUUCUUUUUCUAA